GGGUGCGAGCGCGGGGGUCGCGUGCGCGCCGCCGCCAUGCGGGAGCGGAGGCCGGCACCGGCCGCCCCGGCCCGGUGCAAGCUGGUGCUGGUGGGUGACGUGCAGUGCGGCAAGACGGCCAUGCUGCAGGUGCUGGCCAAGGAUUGCUACCCUGAGACGUACGUGCCCACCGUGUUUGAGAACUACACGGCGUGUCUGGCCAGCGAGGAGCAGCGGGUGGAACUGAGCCUCUGGGACACCUCCGGCUCCCCCUACUAUGACAACGUGCGGCCCCUGUGCUACAGCGACUCGGACGCCGUCCUGCUCUGCUUCGAUGUCAGCCGGCCCGAGACCCUCGACAGCGCCACCAAGAAGUGGAAGACAGAAAUCCUGGAUUAUUGCCCCAACACCCGCGUGCUGCUCAUCGGCUGCAAGACGGACCUGAGGACAGACCUGAGCACGCUGCUGGAGCUCUCGCACCAGAAACAGGCGCCCAUCUCCUACGAGCAGGGCUGCGCGGCCGCCCGGCAGUUGGGAGCCGAGGGUUACCUGGAGUGUUCGGCCUUCACCUCGGAGAAGAGCGUGCACAGCAUCUUCCGCGCCGCGUCCGGGCUGUGCCUGAGCAGCGCCGCCCCGCAGCCUCCCCGCAGCCCCGGGCGCGGCCUCUCCAAGCGCCUCCUGCACCUCCCCAGCCGCUCCGAGCUCAUCUCCUCCACCUUCAAGAAGGAAAAAGCGAAAAGCUGCUCCGUCAUGUGAAGGGGGGGGAAGGGAUUCGCACACACACACACACACAAAAACACACACAGAGCCCCCUUUCCCGCUCCCACCCCAAAUUUGGGAAGCCCCCCAUCCCCCCCCAAGUGCACGGGAUGGGGUCUGGGGGGGGCUGGGGAGGGGUUGGGGUGCUGCCCUUGCCCUGGGAGGGGAGGGCUUCACCCGGUUCCCAACCCUGAGGGGGGUCCCUGGGGGGUUUGGGGUGCUCAGACCCUCAGAAACGUCAGCUGGGAUGGUCCUGGUGGGGUUUGGGGUGCACAGAAUCCUGGGACAUCAGCCCAGAGGGAUUUGGGGUGCUCAGACCCUCAGAAACAUCAGCUGGGAUGAUCCUGGUAGGGUUUGGGGUGCACAGGAUCCUGGGGACAUCAGCCCAGAGGGAUUUGGGGUGCUCAGACCCUCAGAAACGUCAGCUGGGAUGAUCUUGGUGGGGUUUGGGGUGCACAGAAUCCUGGUGACACCAACCCAGGGGGGUCCCUGUGGGGUUUGGGGUGCUCAGAACGUCAAGGACAUCAACCCUGAGGAGGUUUGGGGUGCUCAGGAGCCUGAGGAAACCAACCCAGAGGGGUCCCUGGGGAGUUUGGGGCACACAGGACCCUGGGGACAUCAGUCCUGAUGGUUUUGGGGCACUCAGACCUUCAAGGACAUCACCCCAGUGGGGUUUGGGGUGCUCAGACCCUCAGAAACGUCAGCUGGGAUGAUCCUGGUGGGGUUUGGGGUGCACAGGAUCCUGGGGGCAUCAGCCCAGAGGAAUUUGGGGUGCUCAGACCGUCUGGGACAUCAGCUGGGAUGGUCCUGGUGGGGUUUGGGGUGCACAGGAUCCUGGGGACAUCAGCCCAGAGGGAUUUGGGGUGCUCAGACCCUCAGAAACGUCAGCUGGGAUGAUCCUGGUGGGGUUUGGGGUGCACAGAAUCCUGGGGACAUCAGCCCAGAGGGAUUUGGGGUGCUCAGACCGUC